AUGAGCAAAUACCACUCCAGCAUCAUGCUCCGCAAUUUGCCUUCAUUAGCAAGCCACUCACUUGGCUGCUCAAAGCCUGUUGUCGCGACGUUCUCCUUAUCACUCCACGCCCCUCAACAUGUACGGAUCUAA